AUGGACGGCGCGACCUCGUCGUCCGGCGAUGAGCGCGGCGGCGUGCACGUCCUGCUGGUGCCGCUGCCGGCGCAGGGCCACAUGAACCCGAUGCUCCAGCUCGGCCGGCGCCUCGCGUACCACGGCCUGCGGCCCACGCUCGUCGCCACGCGGUACGUGCUCUCCACGGGCCCGCCCCCCGGCGACCCCUUCCGCGUGGCCGCCUUCUCAGACGGGUUCGACGACGGCGGCAUGGCCUCCUGCCCGGACCCCGUCGAGUACUGCCGCAGGGCCGAGGCCGUGGGGUCCGAGACGCUGGCGCAGGUCAUCGCCGCCGAGGCGCGCGCCGGGAGGACGCCGUCCGUGAUGGUCUACGAUCCGCACAUGGCGUGGGCGCCGCUUGUGGCGCGGGCCGCGGGCGUGCCGACCGCCGCGUUCAUGUCGCAGUCGUGCGCCGUGGACCUGAUCUACGGGGAGGCGUGGUCGGGGCGCGCGCCGCUGCCGAUGGCGGAUGGGAGCGCGCUGCGUCGCCGGGGCGCGGUGAGCGUGGACCUCGGGCCCGAGGACCUGCCGCCGUUCGUGGUGUCGCCGGGGCUAUACCCCAAGUACCUGGACGUGUCGAUCCGGCAGUUCGAGGGCCUAGAGCACGCCGGCGACGUGCUCGUCAACUCCUUCCGUGACCUCGAACCGCAGGAGGCGGAGUACAUGGAGUCCAGAUGGCGCGCCAAGACGGUCGGCCCGACGCUGCCGUCCUUCUUCCUCGACGACGGCCGCCUGCCGUCGAACAAGGCCUACGGCGUCAACUUCUUCAGCAGCGCCGCGCCGUGCAUGUCAUGGCUGGAUCGGCAGCCUCCUUGCUCAGUAGUCCUCGCAUCUUAUGGGACGGUCUACAACCUCGACGCCGGUGAGCUUGACGAGCUUGGAAAUGGGCUCUGCGAUUCCGGCAAGCCAUUUCUCUGGGUCGUGAGGUCCAACGAGGCACGGAAGAUAUCUCAAGAGCUCCUUGGCAGGUGCGAGGAAAAUGGAUUAAUUGUGCCUUGGUGCCCCCAGCUUGAGGUUCUCGCGCAUAAGGCCAUAGGGUUGCUUCUUGACUCAUUGUGGAUGGAACUCAACGACAGAAGCACUUGUUGCCGGCGUGCCAAUGGUGGCGAUGCCGAGGUCGGCCGACCAGCCAACCACGGCAAAGUACGUGGAGAGUGCAUGGGGGAUCGGCGUGCGGAUGCGGACAGAUGA